AUGCUACUAUCAUCAGACCAGCACGCCGAAACACCCCGGUUGGAGGAUUUCUUCUGGACAGGAUCGGGUGAUGGACCUCCUCCACCAGAUUUGUCUGCGCCCGCGCCUGUACCAAGUUCACCAAUUGUUCGGACUACUACUGUUCUUGCUACGGUGUACUUGGAUUCAUAUCCGCCACAGGCGGUGACAGACAAGACGGGUGAAUGCGUGGUCAAUUGUGAGUCACCAGAAGGGCUAGAGCCUGAGAUCCCAGAAGACAGGCGGUACUGGCUUCUCACAGUCAUACAAGGGUCAACGCCAGAUAGUCUGCAGCUACGGCUUGCAAGGCUGUAUCAGAAAGCUUUCUUGAGGCAACAGGAAAAACACCUCGGCAUAAUUAAAUCACUAGACGCCACAACAGCAAGAAAGAAGCAUGACGUACACUCAUUUAUAGUCAAUAAGAAUAAUGAAAUAAGCCCGAUCAACGAUAUACAUAGUUCAAUGACAAACAUAGAUACCAUACAAAGUGUUUCAACUAUAGAUAAGGAAAUGUUUUUAGCGAAUAGUAUGGAGUCAUUAAUAUCAGAGAUAGAACCAACUAGAGUAGAGGAAAUAGCUUGGGUGCUAGUAACUCCAACUAAGGUGAUUCGUAAAAGAGAUACAAGAGAAGCUGAAGAGAUAGAUAUGAAUAGAGAAGACAUUGAACCUCUAGAAGAGAGUAAUAAUGAGACAAUAUUGUUCAAGCGCGAAAUUAUUAAGCCGGAACAGCAACCGCCAGUGCAGGUUCAUAUUCAGAAUAUAACCGAGUCAGCUGAAACUGGUAGUGUCCAAAUAGUGUAUGUAGUACUUGUGGGUGGUAGAGCCGUACCAGCAGCUGUAGCGGCCAGAGAUAUGAGAUUAGUGAGAGAUGCUGAGGUGGCAAAGGAACUUGGAGCUGUGGUCACGACUAAGGCUGAACCAGCGUAUCUUCGAGCAGCAGAGGGACUGGAGGGCGAAGCACCCACCACCAUCCAUGGAACUGAACUGUGGGCCCUCGCUGUGGGCUCCACAAUUGCCGUUCUCUUAUUGAUCAUUAUUUUUGUCUUACUGUGUUUUGCACAUCGCAAAAAGUCAAUUAAAUCAGCGGCAUCCCUCCGUGCGUACAGAAAUGAACUGAUGCAGGAAAUAGAGAGAAACCGAGCUUAUGUUCGCGAAGAGAAUAACGGAAAGCUCGUUAGCGUGGUGUCUCCAAGUCGUACAAGACCAAGCAGUGCUCUGCUUCCCAUUUACAGGAAGGGCAGUGCUUCCAGUGGUGAUCUCUCUCUUGUGUCUAGAGAACUGUAUGGCAGGGAAUCGAACCCAACAAAAUCGGGUUGUGUGACAAGCGCUUUAAUUACUUCACAAUGUCGGCGGAACAGAUUAUUAGUAGACAUUAAACAUAUAAUUUUUGAAGUUAUACUUCUUAAGUUCUCAACAACAUCGUCUAGUGUAUCCGAUAUAGUGGCACUUCGACGUAGACAAAAGAAACCACACGCGCUCAGGAUGCCGCAGAAGAAGCGAGUGGGAACAACGGACAGUCUACUCGAAGCAGCAGGAGUUGAGAGUUCUGACAGCGGACAACCUUCCGCGCCCCCAACACCCACCUCAUACCUUUCAAUGCCUUCUGUCACUACUUUUCCCAGGGGCAACAUCGUAGAACCCCUGUCCCGUAUUCUAGAACCAAUAUCAGUUCGACACCUGGACAUCGAUUCCCCUAUACCCAGCCCCAAGGGUCUCAAAGACACAGUACCUCGACGCCAGAUGCCCUCACAGCUGGUCCGUUUGGGGAGCAUUGAUAAGGAUCCAGGGGUCAUUGGACCUCUAGUAUGGGACCUGCAUUGCCAGAGGAUUAAAGAUGCCUCAAAGACAUCCAGCCCUAUGAAGUCUCUGACCCGCAAAGAGCCGUCAUCGUCACGCAUGAGGCAAAGAUUCAAUGAACUAAUGGAUGAUGCAUUCACUCUAUUCGGGAGUUCGACUCCCGAUACUUGUACUAUUGAAAGAGAAAGCAGUAAGGAUAAACCUGAUACAGUGAGUGAGGCUCGUAACGAUAAUGUACGUGUUCCGUGUAUGGUAGAUACUGUACGCGGACGUUCAGCGGGACCUGGUCGCAGUGGUACACCAAUAGAUUCCAUACGUCCGCGUACGUCAUUCGUACGCACAGCGAACGAACGUCGCGUACCCACUCGCGCUUGGGGACCCACACCGCCUCAGUCUGUGACUCGUGUACCAGCAACACCUAUAGUAAACACAGCGCUCAUGAGCACGCAAGGAAAGUUAUCGCCGGACGACCCCGCCUUACCUCUCAUAUCCGCUAUUAAAUCAGAAAUACAACGGGUGCGAGAAAAUGCCUCCAAACAAAACUAA